AUUUUCCCUCCAGCUCUCUGCGGAAACUGAACACUAAAAUCCUUCUCCCUCGCCAUCCCCAUCACACAACAGUAGGAAAUCAAGCUUCGUCGCGGCGAAGAGAGAGACAGAGGGCGUAUGCGGUCGCUUUGAUAACCUCCCGUUCUCAAACAAGUUCCAUGAAUUAAGGAGAUGGGAUCUCUCGGAAACGGUAACGAUAACGGGGAAAAGGGGCCCGAGAUUCAGGAAAGCUUCAAUCUUAGCAAUGCCGGAGAAACCCAGCUGCUCGAUUCGCGGCUAUCGCCCUCUUCAUUGCCUGCUAAUGAUGAAAUGGAGGAAGACGAUCCUGUUGAUGAGCAUUUUCUGGAAAGCACGAUGCCAUAUGAUGAUACUGUUCCAGUAGAUGGCGAGUUUGAGACUCAGAUAGUGAAUCUUUACGAAGAGACCCAAGCGGUUAACUUUGACGCUGAAACCCAAGUAAUCAACAGCCAGGAAGAUCGCAUGGACAAUUUGGAGACCCAGUUGCUGGAUGAAUUCGCCACUCAAGUUGUUACCGAUGAUGAGAGUGAAGAAACAUGUGGAACGGAAGUGCUGGGUGCAGAAGAUGACUCUACCGACGAUGAGUCGGUCAGAAAAAGUAGUGGUGACUCGACUGACAAGAAGAAUAUGCAGUUCAGUUCUCCUGGCGAGAAGGGUAAGAGCAGACAGAAGGCCAACAAUUUGAUGGAUGAAUUGUGUGGUCAAGGUUCUCCUCCAAGGGGGUUCACAUCAAUUCGUACAGCAUCAGUAAGAGCAUCUGGACUGGCUGCUCGCAGUGCUAGUACAAAUCAAUCAGAUAGUAGGUCAUUUAAUCUCCUAAGCAGCGGCCAAUCUUCAGCUGAAACUUCGAAAAUGAAUGGACUUUCUCGUGUAACAGUUUCCUCCAAUUCUUUAGAGGAAGUUGAUCAGGAACAAUUGGCAGGAAAGUUAGAUGAUAAAGUGGAAGAGCCAGGGGAUAAAAACAAGUGCAGGGUCGGAAGUUCUGCUGUAAGGCGACUCUUCACAGAAGAUGUGGACCUCGAGAUGAACAGCAACAGCUCUGACAAUGCAGAAGAGGAGCUCAAUAUUGCUGGAUUGAGCUAUAAUGACUCCCAAGAACCGGGUGACGUAUCACAAGCCAACGCACUAGACUUUGUGGACCGGUUCCUUAAAGAUAAUCUGGACGACCUCCAUCAAGAUUUUGGUGUUAAGAAGACUGGUGUGGUAAAAUCAGCAUCAGUCCUGAAUGCAAGGGGGACUCAACUUUUGGCUGCAAAUAGAGCUGCUACUAAAGUAACUGGGAUUUUUGACUGGGAUGAUAAUAUGGAGGAUGAAGGUGGGGGAGAUAUUUUCUGCAGGAGGAAGGAUGACUUCUUCAAUGGUGAAAGCAUGCAAAAGUCCAGGACCCAGCCUUGGAAGAAGGCCCAACGCAGCAGACUUGAUGAGCGUAAACUUAGCAAUGAACCUUCGGGCCCUCAAGACAAAAUAAGGGGCUUGGUUUGUUCUGCUCCUGCAGUAAAGUUCAAUACGCGAGGAGAGAUUCGAAAGAAGACCAAAGUAGAUGAUGCAUGUGCAAGGAAUCUCAAGGAUGAGUUCAUUGCAGAGGUCACGGGGAAAUGCUUAAGUGGAAAUUACGAGGAAGUCUGUACAGUGGGUUUUGAUACACAAGUAGCUGCUGAGGCCAUGGAAGCCUUGUGUCAUGAUGAGGGCCUUAUCGAGAAGGGUGGAAGAAAGGAUAAAGAAUUGCAAAAUGUUGUGGAAAAUGGCAGGAAGAAAGGUCCAGAGCUGCCUUCUAAAUGUCCAAGGCGAUUCAAGAGAACAGAUGGAAGUGAUGCAAAGAAGUCAUCCAUCUCAUUGAGGAGAAGUUCAAGGAAUAUCACAAAACAUCAGCAGACAGCAAAGGUGAAAUUGAGAGAGCAAACAUCGGAUCUGACUAAUACUCAUGAGUUGGAUAUAUCUUGUGGCAGCAGAGAGGUGAAGAAUGGUAUGUUAGAAGAAAAGCUGGAAGAGGUAAGCAAAGUUGGUGAUUCAUUUACACCUGUUGCCCGUAGAACUAGGCUCUCGAAGGUGGCAAAAGAAGGCCCAAGGGCUGAGAAAUUAAGCAACCUUCCAAGAGAAACAAAUGGUGCGGCAGAGAUUGAUGCCCACAAAUUAAGAGAUGUUCCAUCCAGACCACCGGCUAGACCAGAAGGUGGUGGAGAACCUGUCCCCAGACGCAAGCGAUCGUGGGACCAAGGAACAAGGGCUAGUUCAGGUGCCAAGAGAAAAGCUCUAGCGACAAAAUGGAAUUUGGGUGUUGAAGGUUUAACAGAGCAGAAGUCAGCAGAAGAUCCUUCCACUACAGCAGAGAGAAAUCCCUCAUUGUCUAAGAGUGUUGAAGCAGAGGCCAAGGUUGAUGAAUCACCCAGAGAGAGAUCCAAAGUGUCUAAUAUGACUUGUAUUACUCCAACUAGCCGGUCGACUCCUUCAAACGAUCUUUCCCCUGUUUGUGUAGGCAAUGAGUAUUUUAAGCACUCAUGUAAGAACCUCUCACGAUCGAGCCUUUGGAAGGAACUGAAGAGCUUGACGGCCUCCUCAGGGCUUGAACCUUCUCAUGCUUCGAAGGAGACAAGGAGGAGGUGGAGGGAUAUGGCCGAUGUUCGGGUCCUGUUCAGCCAUCACUUGGAUGAUGACACAAUCAAGCAGCAGAAAAAGAUUCUGACCCGUCUUGGAGCUUCGGAGGCAUCUUCAAUUUCUGAUGCUACUCACUUUGUGACGGACAAAUUUGUGCGUACCAGGAAUAUGUUGGAAGCUGUUGCCUUAAGUAAACCAGUAGUUACACAUCUGUGGCUUGAGGGCUGUGGACAAGCUGGCUGCUUUCUUGAUGAGAAAAGUUACGUACUGAGGGAUGCAAAGAAGGAAAAGGAGAUAGGCUUUACCAUGCCUGUUUCGCUUUCACGCGCAUCUCAAUACCCACUUUUACGGGAUCAAAGAGUAUUCAUCACCACAAGAACGAAGCCGAGUAAAGAGAUAAUAUCGUCCCUGGUCAAGGCAGUUGGAGGCCAGCUUGCUGAGGGGCUCGGGAGGUCUGCUUUGAGGGAUGAUAAAAUUCUGGAUGACUUGUUGAUUUUAUCCUGUGAGGAAGACUACAAUAUCUGCCUUCCUUUCCUUGAGAAAGGGGCAUCAGUGUAUAGCUCAGAGCUGCUGCUUAAUGGGAUCGUGAUUCAGAAGCUGGAGUAUGAGAGGCACCGACUCUUUGUAGAUAGCGUGAAGAGAACACGUUCGACCGUUUGGCUCAAAAGGGAUGGGAAGAAGUUUGUUCCUGUGUCCUCAAAGCGCAAUAAGCAGUAGAACGUCAUGUGAUCUCUAAUUUAUUCAUCCCUUCCCUGUAAUUUCUCUUCCCCCUCUUCCUUCUGCUGUUAAUGCUGUUUCUUUUACUACAGUAAGCAGUACUGAUCUGUUGUACAUAAGUUUUGAAUGAGGAAGCUGGGAUUUAGAAUGCUCUCUCGUAUAUUGUCCUGGUGCAAGUCGGUUAACGCUCCAAUAAAUGAAGCAUGUACGAAGGUGUCGAUUGGAAGCAUACGGUUUCAAUCCAUCUAUUGUUAGUUCGCAA